CCUCCUCCUCCUCCUCCUCCUCCUCCUCCCUCAUCAUCCUCCAGAAAAGAGCCUGCAGCACCUACAUGACUGAGGGACUCCUGUGUUUGGAUGCACAGGGAGCUGAAGCAGAAGCAGCAGCAGAUUGGAAGAGAAAAACUCAUGAGCGCUCCCAAAAUGAAGGGAAGAAUGGGUCUUCUCUUCAGCUUCAUCAUAGCAGCGUAUACCUAUGGUGUCACUGCUCAGACAACAGUGUGUGAGAAUGCCACUGUGGCUGACAUCGUCUUCCUAAUCGAUGGUUCCUCCAGCAUCACCAGCUUUAGGGAGGUCCGGUAUUUUCUCCGCAGCAUCAUCAGGGCCCUUGACAUUGGCCCCAACAAAGUCCGGAUCGGCUUGGCACAGUUCAGUGGUACCCCUUACCGGAAGUUCCUGCUGAAGGAUCACGUGGACAAGAGAUCACUGCUGGCCGCAGUGGAUAGGUUUUCCCAACGAGGAGGGGGGACAGAAGUGGGCAAGGCCCCGGACUUCCUCAUUACGGAAUUCUUCACUAAAGAGGCAGGGAGCAGAGCUGACCAACAGGUGCCUCAGAUUGCUGUGGUCAUCACAGAUGGGGAGUCCUCAGAUGAUGUGGUUGCACCCGCCCAGCGCCUGAGGAUGCACGGAGUCAUUGUGUUUGCCAUUGGGGUGGGACAAGCCAACCAGAAGAAUCUCCAGGCCAUCGCCAACUGGCCGCCAAAGCAAUUCCUCCUCACCACGGACAACUACCGGACUCUGCAGAGGCUCGCAGACAGUCUCUUGAAGACUGUUUGCAUCUCUGUGGUGGGUCAGAAGCGAGCCUUGGCGGACAGGUUUGCAGAUAUUUUCUUCUUGGUGGACAGUGGCAUAGGUCAAGGACAGUUCUCCAUAUUUAGGCCAGAGCUUAUUAAAUUGAUCGAUCAGCUUAACAUUGGAGCAUCCGCUUACCGCAUUGGACUGGCUCAGUAUGGUGAAGAUGUCAGGGUUGAAUUCCUUCUCAAUGAAUUUCAAUCCAAGCAGGAGACCCGGUCCAGUGUCCAAAAUUUCAACCUGAGCCCAGAACCCGACGAACCACAUAACCUGGGCAGCGCUCUGCAGUACGCCAGCACUAACCUUUUCAUUAGUGAGGCGGGGGGCCGUGCAGAGCAAGGCUCCCGACAGUUCCUGGUGGUUGUGAGUGGAAAAGACUCGGAUGAUCCUGUGUUCGAGGCGGCUCGUAUGAUUGAAGCAGCAGGGAUAACUGUUUUGGGGAUGAAUGCAGGUGCAACAAUGGAUGCUAUAUACCGUUUUGCCAGGUAUUCAUUUGAUUCUCCCAGAGUGACUCUUCUGAAGGAUAUCUUCAUGGCUGAGAAAAAGGACAACGUUACUGAAGAUUGCAGAGGAGCCAAUGUGGCGGACAUUGUGUUCAUUGUUGAUGAGUCGGGAAGAAUCGGAAGCCAGAACUUCGAGCCGGUUUAUGAUUUCCUGCACUCGAUCGUAAGCAGCCUGAAUGUCAGUGCGAAUAGAGUUCGAAUAGGCAUUGUUACGUAUAACGAGAUGGCCACAGCACAAGCCUACCUCAACACAUUCAGCAGCAAGGCCGGAAUCCUGCAGUACAUCAGCAUCCUGCCGUACAUCGAUAUCCUGCCUAACAGUAAAGGUAUCAGAAACACUGGAGCUGCCCUGUACUUCACGGAGAAAGAAAUCUUCAGUGUCGCAACGGGCAGCAGGAAAGGUGUCCAGCGGGUGGCAGUGGUAAUCACAGAUGGUGAUUCCCAAGAUGAUGUGAGCGAAGCGGCAGCCAGUCUUCGUCGGGCUAAUGUUACCAUUUACGCUGUAGGAAUCACAGAUGUCAAGGAAGCCGAACUGGUGAAGAUAGCAUCUCACCCCCCCUCCAGGCAUGUUUUUACUGCGAACAGUUUCACCAAUCUGAUACCCCUGAAGCAGGAGCUGCCGAAAAUCCUGUGCACAGACAUCAUUAGUGGAGUGAUCUCAGUCAGCAUAAGCAAAACGGACACCAAAGAAGCUUGUACACAGAAGGAAGAAGCAGAUGUCUUCUUCCUGAUGGACGACUCAGGAAGUAUUAAUAACACAGACUUCACUGACAUGAAGGACUUCAUCACUGAGUUUCUUCACAACUUCCAUAUUGGGCCGAACCAUGUCCGCAUGGGACUUGUGAAAUACUCAAAGUCAGCAAGUUUGGAAUUUGACCUGACAACAUACUCGGAUGCUAAAGCGCUGGAGGAAGCUGUGAAGAAUAUUAUUCACGAGGGAGGUGGCACACGCACAGGAGACGCUCUAUCAUUCAUGGCCUCAAAAUUUGGGAAAACACCGCGCACUCAUGGUUACAAAGUGCCAGAGUACCUGAUUGUCAUCACUGAUGGAGAAUCCGAAGAUGAUGUCAGGGAUCCUGCAAAAAAAUUAAGAGAGCAAGGUGUCAUCAUCUACGCCGUCGGAGUGAAAAACUCAAACAGGAAAGAGCUGCUAAGCAUGGCAGGUGACCCUAAGAAGACUUUCUUGGUCAAUAAUUUUGACGCCUUGAAGUCCAUCAACAAUGACAUCGCCACAGACAUUUGUGCUUCAGAUGCUUGCAAAGACGUACCGCUCGACAUUGUUUUCUUGGUCGACAGCUCUGGAAGCAUCUCUGAGCAAGGCUACCAGACAAUGAAAGACUUCAUGAAGUCUGUCAUUAGCAAGCCUGUCAUUGGGCAGAAGGAUGUGCACAUUGGUGUCAUGCAGUUCAGCACUACACAAAAACUGGAGUUUUCUCUCACCCGCUACUACAGAAAAGAUGAAAUGUCAGAUGCUAUUGAUGCUAUGACGCAACUGAAAGAAAACACACUCACAGGAAGUGCCAUCACGGAGGUGUCCCAGUAUUUUGAUGCCACCAGAGGAGGGCGUCCUGAUGUAAAGAAGAGGCUGGUAAUUAUAACAGAUGGAGAGGCCCAAGAUAAAGUGGAAAGACCUGCUGAAGCUCUAAGAGAGAAGGGAGUGGUGAUCUACGCCAUUGGAGUGCAGCAAGCCAAAAGAAGCCAGCUAUUAAAGCUCAGCGGUUCAUCAGAAAGGGUCUUUUAUGAGAGAGACUUUGAUACACUGGAUAAAUUAGAGGGCCAGUUGGUCUUGAAACUCUGCGAAACAGAAUGUAAGAGGACUGAAAGAGCUGACAUUAUUUUCCUUGUGGAUGGCUCUGGAAGCAUUGGUUCACGGUUUACAAGCAUGCAGACGUUCAUGCAGUCAGUAGUGAACCGAACCACAGUUGGCAGGACCCACACUCAGUUUGGGCUCAUACUCUACUCCGAUGAUCCAGAGUCUAUGUUUACUCUAAAAACCUAUGACUUCAAACAAGACGUUCUUAAUGCAAUUAUGAACAUUAAGGCACCAGGUGAUAGGACCUACACAGGCAAGGCUUUGAAAUUCUCGUUACAGUACUUUAACGCUGAACAUGGCGGCCGAAAAGAACUGAAGGUGCCUCAGAUUCUCAUGGUGAUCACAGAUGGCGAUGCAACCGACCAUGAAAACCUGCCUGCACCGUCUGAAGCACUGAGAAACAAUGGAAUCAGCGUCUUCAGUAUCGGAGUGGAAAAUGCAAACAAGACAGAGCUGGAGAUCAUGGCUGGUGGUGACAAAUCCAGAGUUUUCUUUGUGGACAACUUUGACGCCCUGGAAACUCUGUACAAGAAUAUUUCUUCUGCUCUCUGUAAUUCUACUAAGCCAGUUUGUGACCAAGCCGACGUGGUCUUUCUACUUGACCACUCAAGCAGUAUCAAUAUAGACAAUUACGCCAUCAUGGUAAACUUCACGGCAGACCUUGUGCAAAGCCUUGAUGUGCGUGAAAAGUUUGUUCAUGUUGGACUUGCACAGUUCAGUGGUGAUCCAAAGGAUGAGUUUUACCUCAACCAGUACUCCAAGAGGGAAGACGUGGUCAAGCGCAUCCACGAACUGGAAUACCGUGGUGGAAACACAAAUAUUGGAGAGGCGUUGCGUCACGUUAAGAAGUACUUUGAGGUGUCACAGGGUAGCCGUAAAUCUGCUAAUAUCCCCCAGAAUCUGGUGUUGAUCUCAGACGGUGAUUCUCAUGAUGAAGUGGAAGAUAGAGGCAAUCAGCUCAGGGCUCUGGGGAUAGAGGUGUUUGCCAUCGGUGUGGGAGACGUCCACGACCUGCAGCUUCUGCAGAUCACUGGCACCGCAGAGAGACUGUUCAGUGUGCAGAACUUCAAAGACUUGGCAACCAUCAAGAAAAAGGUGCUCGACUCCAUGUGCAAACCUGAACCACCCAUUAACGUCACCAGCUGCAGCAUUGAUAUCGCCAUGGGAUUUGAUAUUUCUCUAAGAGCUCCUGGUGGGACGCUGGUCAGUGGCCACACCAAGCUCCAGACCUUCCUGCCAGAGAUUGCCCAUUACGUUUCCUCAAUACCACACCUUUGCUGCGCUGGCACCGCACCUGUCAAGACCAACAUCACCUACCAAGUGGUAAAUCGUGAUGGGGCGUCUUUGUAUCAGACAGAAUUUAAAGCCUACAGCGCAGAUGAAGUGAACACAGUGAUGAGCCUUCAGAUGUCAGAGCCUACCGCAUUCAACACCAACCUGCUGAACGCCUUCAAGGAGACCUUCCAGACCAAGUCCACAGCUGAUGUGAAGGUGCUGUUGAUCUUCUCAGACGGACUCGACGAAGACGUGAUGAAACUGGAGCAACAAGCAGAGCUGCUGCAGAAGUCUGGGGUCAGCGCUCUGCUGAUAGUGGCUCUGGAAGGAGCACGUAACCCUGCCCAGCUGCAGAUGGUGGAGUUUGGUCGAGGAUUCAGCUACCACCUUCCUCUCAGCAUCGGCAUGCAGAGUGUCAGCAGCACCAUUCUCAAACAGAUUGACGUAGUGUCACACAGGGUGUGCUGCAAAGUCAUGUGCAAAUGCUCAGGACAUGAAGGCGUCCGUGGCUCGCCAGGCAAACCGGGGCCAAAGGGUCUGCCUGGACAGAAGGGUCAUUCAGGCUUUGUGGGAGAUGAGGGAGUCAUGGGUGAGCGAGGGCGCCCUGGACCAAGUGGACCUCAGGGCCUCCGGGGCUGUCCCGGAGCCAGUGGACUGAAGGGCAGCAGAGGCACCUCAGGCGACACGGGUGAGAACGGAGAAGACGGACUGGACGGAAUCGAUGGAGAACAGGGAACGACGGGACUAGAUGGAGCUGCAGGAGAGAAAGGACACCUGGGAAACCAGGGCAUCCCAGGUAUCAGAGGGGAGGCUGGGCUGAAAGGACAGCGAGGACUGAGAGGAGAUCCGGGUGAACCGGGUACCGACAAUACUGCCCCAGGAGCCAAGGGAGACCCCGGGAACCCAGGUUUACCGGGUCAACCUGGAACAGAUGGGCGUUCAGGUGAGGGUGGAGUCAGUGGAUACCCGGGUCCAGAUGGAAGAAGAGGCUCUGCCGGCGGGAAGGGUACACCCGGUCAGCCAGGAGCUCUGGGACUCCGGGGCAGACCAGGUGCUCCUGGUCCUCAGGGACCCGGAGGGGACAAGGGUGAUCCAGGACCGAAAGGAAUCUCUGGAUUUCCUGGACCUCAGGGUGAACAUGGACCACCCGGAGACCCCGGAGCAGCUGGACGUCGCGGCUCCAAUGGACAGAAGGGUCAACCAGGAGAUCCAGGUGUGAAGGGUGCUCCAGGACCACAGGGACCCAGAGGAAUGCCGGGUGAGGAUGGCAGAGACGGUUAUGGAACUAAAGGAUCCAAAGGUGCCAAGGGAGAUCCUGGUUUUCCUGGAUACCCAGGUCAACUGGGUGAGGACGGCGUGAGUGGAACUAAAGGAUAUCCAGGACGCAAAGGGAACUACGGUCGAAGCGGAAACUCAGGCAGGCCGGGAGCAUCGGGCGUGCCUGGAGACCCAGGACGUCCAGGACACAGGGGUCCCAGAGGUCCACCUGGCAGCAGAGACACUUCUGACUGUCAGCUGGUCGACUUGAUCAGAAAUAACUGCGCAUGUUCUCCUGCUGAAACAGAGUGCCCGGCCUACCCCACCGAGCUGGUGUUCGGUCUGGACAUGUCCCAGGACGUACCCCCGUCCCUCUUCGAGAGGCAGCGCACCGCCCUCCUCUCUUUGCUGGAGGACAUCACCGUUGCCGAGAGCAACUGUCCCACAGGAGCCCGGGUCGCUGUGGUGGGAUUCAGCGCCUACACCAAGUACCUGAUCCGCUUCCAGGACUACCGGCAGAAAAAACAGCUGAUCGAAUUGGUGAAGAACAUCGCCCAGGAACGCACGUCAAACCGGCGCCAGCUGGGGGCUGCCAUGCGCUUUGUGGGUCAGAACGUCUUCAAACGUGUCCGUGCAGGAGUCAGGAUUAGGAAGGUGGCCGUCUUUUUCUCCUGUGGGCCGUCCCAGGACAGUACCAACAUUGUUACCAGCAUCAUGGAGUACCAGGCUCUGAACAUAAUACCAGCAAUCAUCUCUGCGCAGAGCAACGCCGAAAUCAGUCGAGCAGUGGAGGUUGAUGACUCAAGAAGGUCCAUCUUUACAGUGAUGGGGAGGGACAUGGCUGCUCCCCUGAGGAGGGUCAAGAACUGUGCCAUCUGUUAUGACCCCUGCAGGCGUGCUGAAGAGUGCGCCUUCAUCCAGGAGCCAGUGCAGCCUCAGGACGUCAAUGUGGACCUGGUCAUGGUGGUGGACAGCUCCAGGGAGAUGCAGGCUGAUGAGUACGCUGGCGCCCAGCACCUGCUGGGUUCUGUGGUGGAACAGCUGGCUGUGAGCUCGCAGCCCCGCCGAGCUGACAACCGGGCCCGGGUGGCUGUGGUCCAGCAGAGCGGCACCCGGGCUCCCAAGGUGGAGUUCAGCCUGCAGACCUAUCAGAACCACAACAGGAUGAAGACGCACUUGAUCCAGAACAUGCAGCAGCAGGGCGGCUCCUCGGCUCUGGGACAGACGCUGGACUUCACCCUGAGGGAGGUGCUCCUGAAGGCCAGCCAGCCCCGCAGGAGGAGGGCACUGCUGGCCGUGGUGGGCACCCAGACGGCUUACCAGGACCGGGCCAGACUCACGUACAUCUCCAAGAAGGUCAAGUGUGAGGGGGUGGCCAUGUUUGUGGUGACAGUGGGUGAUCGGUACAAUCGGACGCAGGUGGAGGAGCUGGCCGGUCUGCCCGUACAGCAGCACCUGAUCCAUGUCAGCAGACUACAGGCCGAAGAGCAGGGCUACGCCCAGCGCUUCUUCAGAGUCUUCCUCUCUGCCCUCAACAAGGGAGUGAACACGUAUCCUCCUCCUACAUUCAAACAGACCUGCAGCCGGCUGGAAGACCGAGAAGAGGCACUGACACUUGUAAACGGUCAGGGGUCGGCAGAGCCUGAGGAUGAGCUAGAAGAGUUUCAGGCACAGACGGGAAGAAAGACUCAGGCCAUAAAACUGGAAGUCACCGACACUUUGACCGGAGGGCACGACCAGAGGCCACUGUCAGCAGCUAACCCCAACGAUGCUUGUUCGCUCAGACAGGACCCCGGCAGCUGCCAGAACUACACCCUCAUGUGGUUCUUUGACAGCAGUCAGGGUAAAUGUUUGCAGUUCUGGUACAGCGGCUGCGGCGGCAACGGGAACCGCUUCGAGACGCAGAGGGAGUGUGAGGACCUCUGUGUGAUGUAGGCGUCAUGGGGAAGAGGAGGCGUCACAAGACAUCAGCAGAUCGAUGAAAGAAAACGGACAUUCUGUGCCAAGCAUGAAUCUGGAAACCCUUCAAAAACAUGCAUCUUCAAGGAGAAACAUCCGGAUUUAAAAGCCAAGUUCACAGCUGAGUGAGUUCACAGCAGUCCAACCGUGGAAACGCCUCCCUGAAAGUGACGCUGACCUGUGGGCUUUUUGUCAGGGCGGCGUGUUUUUGGUUUUCAUCCACCUUCAUGUGUAAAUGCUUCAUAAAGUUUCUUUUUUUUAACGUCUUUAUGAGAUCAGGUGCUAUUUUUGCUACUGACCAGACACAGAAAAACAGGUCAUGUGAUUCAUCCAAAGUCAGGAACAUUUCUAUUUUGUACAAGUUUCUUAUACAAAUCUAUAUUAAUGCUGAGUGCUGUCUGAUUCAGUAAGUAAAGGAUCAUGUUAUGUCAUGUUAUCAUCCGUGGUAGCUGCUCAUCACUGCAUGGAAGCAAGAUGAAGUAUAUACUGUUCUGUUGAUUACACUGCAUCAGGCCCAAGACUAUACAGUAAUGUACAGUAGACUUAAACUGACGUCUGACCAGUUUCAUCUUACAGAACCGAGCAGUUCUCCCUUUAAUUUACAAGGUGGCGGCAAAUCACUAGAUUUGAGAUCUUGCAGCCUGAGAGCAGCGUGCUGCAGGUUUCCUCACAGCGGAGAUCUGUGUGCAGACUGCAGAGUGGUAGUGCUGGAUCAUCUUAGGUCAGAGGGGUCACAGCUGCUUCACUGGCUGAGCUCAGUGUUCUUUAAGUAGUUGCUGUAACACCUGUAAAACAGUUGUGGAUCUACUCAAGCACUCUACUAAAGUACAUGAUAGAGGGAAGUUUUGUGCUUUUUAUUGCACUACAUUUAUUUGACAGCUUUGGUGACUUUACAAAUAAAGAUUUUGCAUAACAACAAUAUGUACAUGUGCAGCUGGAAAAGUUAAUUGAUUAAUAAUUGAUCAGCUGAGUGACAGAAAAUGAAUUCGAUCAGUUUCAUUAUUUUUCAUGUAAAAAUACUAAAUGUUUUCAGCUUUUAAAUGUGAAUUUACAUAAACUCCUUUGAAUUAUUUAAACUUUCUUUUUGAUGACUUUGAGGUGUGGACAAAAUUUAUAAACCAAUCAAUCGAUUAAUCAAGAAAAUAAUCAGGAUCCAUAAUGAAAAUACUCGUUCCACUUCAACCAGCUGCAGCAGUGAAAUGCUGAUGUAAAUAAGAUGUGCGUUAAUGCCGGAGCUGUAAUGAUGAUGAUGAUAUGAGGCCGUUUUUCUGCACUGAAUUGUGUGAAUGCUCUCA